AUGUGCGCCCCUGUGAUGGUGGAGCUGGAGGGGGAGACGGACCCUUUGGCCAUCGCCAUGAAGGAACUCAAGGCCCGGAAGAUCCCCAUGAUCAUUCGCCGCUACCUGCCCGACGGGAGCUACGAAGACUGGGGGGUGGACGAACUCAUCAUCACAGACUGA